UAAACAUUUAAUUUUCUUCAAGCAAAAACAGAAAAUGGUACAAACUGUUGUCACUGUUGAAAACAGUAACUGCAUUUUUCUACGCGACAUCUUGAGUAGCAUUGUUUUGGGAAACUUAUAGAACAUGGAACAGUUAUGUGGAAAAUAUACUCAACGUAAUAACCUCUAUCAGAUAGUCUGCUCAAAAAUCAUAACUUUGUUUUGCAAGGCGAACUUCCUGUAAUUGAUGUGAAAUCCCGCCAAUUUUUAAUACAACAAGAAGGUCGGAAACCAACUUCGGUGCAAGGUCAGGAUUCCUGUUUUAUUUUGAACGUCGAACGAGACGAAGCCGGUUACUGGGCUUCGCACACUGAUCAUCGCAUUCGAUCUAGUUCUGAGACAGCUCAGUCGGAAGAAUUAUGAGUGGUUACGUUGGAGAUCUGAGUCCUGUCCAAGAAAGAGCCUUGAAGCAGCUGAAAGCUUCGGUGGCAGACGUGCACCGCCCUUCCUACGAUGACCACUACUACCUGAGAUGGCUGAGAGCUCGAGAGUUUGAUGUUGGAAAAGCAGAAACUAUGAUGCGAAAGAAUUUACUCUUUCGGAAGAAAAUUGGAGCUGACACAAUAUUAAAGGACUACAAGCCACAUGACCUUAUAGAGAAGUAUUACCCGAGAGGAUACUUAGGUCCAGAUAAAGAAGGUUGUCCUGUAAGGAUUAUGCCUUUCAAAAAUUUAGAUCUUCGAGGUUUUGUGUUCUCUGUUCAGAAAUCGGAAGUUUUGAAAUUUUUAACAUUUUUAUUUGAACAAGAUCUGAAAGAAAUGGAAGAAAUGAGUGAAAAAACUGGUAAAAAUAUAGAGAAGCACUCCUACAUUAUUGACAUAGAUGGCUACAGUUUCCGACAAGCAACUAACAAAGAUGCUUUAAACAUGCUGAAUGAGGUUUUGAAGUUAUACGAAGCUAACUAUCCCGAACGAAUGAAAACAACAUACUUCCUUAACGUUCCUACUUACUUCAAUCUGGUUCUCAAUUUAUCAAAACCGUUUUUAUCAGAAAACACAUUGAAAAAGUUUAAAGUGUUUGGCAAAGAUUACAAAAAGGCUCUCCUGCAAGACAUAGAUGCAGAUAUCUUACCCAAGUAUCUUGGUGGAAACCGAACGGAUCCGGAUGGAAAUCCGAGAUGCGAGACCAUAAUUCAUUAUGGUGGCUUCGUUCCGCCGGAAAACUACGUGGUGAAAAACUCGACAAAAUCUCUGGAAGAGGAGGAAGGCGUGAUAUGCUUAAAAGUUCCAAGACAAUCGUCUUGUCUCGUGGACAUCGCGGUGAAGGAAAAAGAUAUCAAAGUGGAAUGGACAUUCGAGACACCAACAAAAGAUAUUGCUAUCGGUUUCUACUACAGAAAAAACAAUGGAGAGCUUGAAGAGCUCGUUCCCAUCGAGAAAGUAUUCUGCCACCUUGUUCCAGAAUCCGGGACAUUCAUUUGUGAGAAACCAGGAGUUUAUGUUUUGAAAUUUGACAACACGUACAGCUGGAUUUCAUCAAAGAAAGUGUUCUACAAGAUUACUCUCAGUCCUGCCCAUGAAAAUACUGAUGAUGAGUGAAUUUGAAUGAAGAUUUUUGUGAAUUGGUGGAACGCUUUUAUUAGUUUUUUUUUUUUUUUCUGCAGUUCGUGAAAUGAAGCAUUUCGUUUGUUCCCUAAACUGAUGUGAGCGGACGAGAGAGAUUUCGUUCAUAUAUUUGAUAAUAUAUGAAAUAAAGAUGCAUAGAUAUAUAAAAGAAGGAGCUAUAAUCGAGUUGUGAAGGAACACACUUCAAAAAAUUCCUCACAAUUGCACAAUAACUCUAUAAAACUACGAAUGUGCAACAAAGAACAUUGUUCAAAUGUAUAAUUUUAACUUUCAUUAACUGCUAGUAAAAGAAGUAAACUGUUAUUACCUUGCCGUUCAUCAUAAGGAAGAAAACGAAAAUCCUUCGCCGAUUUUUUCUCGUUUUGACUGCCUUCAAACUAAUUAUUUGCUUAAGUAAAAUGAGAUAAGAAAUCAAGAAGUCUCCAAACAUUUCUUCUAGUACGAAAUAUAAUGAAGUAUUUAGGAAAUAACUAAUUAAGAUCAGUACCACAUUUUAUGCCUAGUAAUAACUCAAGAAUCAAGUGACAAAACUCGUACUAUGCAAAAUGAAAAGGCAUGAGGCAUGCUUUUUCUUCCCUUAAGAAAUGUGCCCUGAUUUUUCUCUAAAACUUAUACUUGCUUCAUUUUUGAAUAUUGCAUUUUCAAAGCUAUCUGAUUUGAAGCGGAUAUUGAAAUACCGUAGCAGCAUUGAAGAUACUAGCUGUACAAUAUUGAAUAUUGAUUUUAAUUAAUUUUAAGCUCGUUGUUACUUUCUGUAAUUAUUGUAUACAGGGUGUCCUGAAACAGGCUGACUGUUUUCAAAAAUUUAUAACAGGAAAACGGUUAAUGAUUAAAAAAAAAAAAAAAAAAACUGCCAGAAAGUUCAUGUAGUGGGAGGUAAGUUUUUUUCCCCUCAGAGUUCCAAAAUUUAGUUCAAAAAUAUUUCAAUAGAUGGCGCUGCACAAAGUGGGCCUGUAAGUCAAAAAAGAAGAAAAGAAAUUCACCGAUUUUUCCUCGAAAAGCGACAUGUGAUUACAACCGACGUUUUGAAAGUAUUGUUAUGAAAUUUUGUUCAUUAAAACAUUUUGUGAGAAAUUGUGAUGCAAUUUUCUAUAUAUAUUUUUUGAUGUACGGGCUUACUAUCUGCAGCGCCAUCUAUUGGAAAAUUGUCCAACUAAAAUUACUAACUCAGGGACGAAAAUUUACGGCCCACCACAUGAAUUUUCUGCAAGAGUUAUUUUUUUAUCAUAUCGUUUUCCUGUUAUAAAUUUUUUAAAACAGUCAUUAUUUUUCAGGACAUCCAGUACGUUAUUCAUUUGUAUGCUGUCGUCAAUAAAAUUUCAUAUGAUAUAAAAACGAUUUCAGACCAUUCACAAGCUAAUUGUUUGUCUUUUGACAGCCCUGUUGUAUGUUAGUGCCAUGAAAUACAUAAAAAAUGUGGAGAGAUAUGUAAUACCCUCCUUUUGUUUGCAAAAAUUUAUCAUCGUUUUGUAUCAUCAUCGUUUUCUUUUGAAAGGAUUGUAAAUCUGAAAUGCCUUCUUAGUCUUUUAUCGUUCAUGUAAUUUAAGAAUUGCAUAUUUUCAUUUUUGUUUUCGUUCCAAUUAUUUAACAAUAGAAUUGAUUAUUUAAUAAAAUGUACAGUUUUAAAUAAAAACAUUCAGUAU